AUGACGAAAGUUGAAGUGCAACCAAGUCUAGAAUCCCUCAAGGGCUUUGUUGCGGAGAACGAUGAAUCGGUCAACAUGUACCCUGUCUUCUGUUACCUUCCAGCAAUGGACUUGACGCCGCACCUGGCUUACCUGAAGCUUGCUCAAGUGAACAAUCCUGACAGAAAGCAGUCAUUCCUUCUUGAAAGCGCAACUUCUGACAAUCAGCUAGGUCGUUUCUCUUUCCUGGGCACCAAUCCUCGCAAAACCAUAAAAACAGGUCCUACUGCUGGCUUAGAGGUGGACCCACUCACCGUUUUGGAGAAAGAGCUAGAGAACUACAAGCUGGCUGAAAACAUUCCUGGUAUCCCAAAGCUGAGUGGUGGUGCCAUCGGUUACGUUUCUUACGACUGUAUCAAGUAUUUUGAGCCCAAAACUAAGCGUCCUCUGAAAAACGUGCUUCAGUUGCCAGAGGCAUGUUUGAUGCUGUACGACACUAUUGUAGCCUUCGACCACGUUUACCAGCGCUUUCAAAUCAUUCACAACAUUGACUUACGUACGGCUGAAUCGCUAGAGAAAGGCUACGAAAAGGCGCAGAAAAUUGUUCGCGACGUGGUUUCUACACUGGAGAGCUCUGAUACAUUGGAAAACGUCAUUCAACCACCAAUCAAGCUAAAUCAAAGCUUCACUUCCAACAUUGGCGAGAGCGGCUACAAAGCUCAUGUCACUACACUGAAAGAGCACAUCAAAAAGGGAAAUAUUUUCCAAGCAGUUCCGUCUCAGAGAGUCGCAAGACCCACUUCUCUGCAUCCUUUCAACAUCUACAAGCACUUGAGGACUGUGAAUCCCUCACCUUACUUGUUUUACAUCGACUUGCUGGACUUUCAAGUCAUCGGAGCGUCUCCCGAGCUACUAUGUCAAGUUGAUACCAAAAACAAGAUCAUUACUCAUCCAAUCGCAGGUACCGUGAAGAGAGGCAAAACCCCAGCAGAGGACGAUGAGCUGGCUGACGUUUUGAGAAGCUCAUUGAAGGACCGCUCAGAGCAUGUCAUGCUUGUUGAUCUGGCUAGAAAUGACGUGAACCGUGUUUGUGAUCCUAUGACUACCAACGUUGAUAAGCUAUUGACUGUGCAACGGUUUUCCCACGUCCAGCAUUUGGUUUCACAGGUUUCAGGAACUUUGAGAAAGGACAAAACACGCUUUGACGCUCUCAGGUCCAUCUUUCCUGCAGGAACUGUUAGCGGAGCCCCUAAAGUUAAGGCCAUGGAGCUUGUUGGGGAGCUUGAGGGCGAAACAAGAGGCGUUUAUGCCGGUGCUGUUGGCAACUGGUCAUAUGAUGGGAAAUCCAUGGAUACGUGUAUUGCAUUGAGAACUAUGGUAUACAAAGACGGUGUUGCUUAUUUGCAAGCCGGCGGUGGUAUUGUUUUUGACUCUGAUGAGCAAGAAGAGUAUGAGGAAACUCUUAACAAGAUGCGCGCCAAUCACAAUACCAUUCUACAAGCUGAAGAAAUCUGGGCAGCUCGUGUGGGCACUAUCGAUUAG